GUCUCCAGCUGAGGCACUCCUCGGAGACUCUCCACCGCUGAGCAUCACCCGCAAGGCCACCUCCGCCUCCCGAUCCACCGCCUGUCGUCAUGACUUCCACGAUCAGCCGCCAGAGCAGCUUCAGCUCCCGCAGCAUCAGCAGCGCCCGCAGCGUGUCCGGCAGCGCCAGCGCCUUCAGCAUGAGCGGGGCGAUGCAGCUGGGCGGGAGCAGCCGCUUCUCCAGCCGCGCGCCCAGCGUGUACGGGGGCGCGGGAGGCUACGGGACCCGCAUCUCCCAGUCCCAGUCCGUGUUCGGCUCCGGGUCAGUGGGCGACUACUCUGAGAUCGCGGUGAUCAGCAACGAGAAGGUCACCAUGCAGAACCUCAACGACCGCCUGGCUUCAUACCUGGAGAAGGUGCGCUCCCUGGAGGCGGCCAACAAGAAGCUGGAGCUGCAGAUCAGAGAGUUCUACGAGAAGAAGGCUCCCAGCGCUGGCAGAGACUACACCAGCUACUUCGCCACCAUCAAUGAGCUGCGGGCUCAGAUCAAGAGAAGAUUCUCAGUGAAUCAGAGCCUCAACCUGCAGAUCGACAAUGCUCAGCUGGCUGCAGAGGACUUCAGAAUGAAGUAUGAGACAGAGAUGAACAUGCGUACAAGUGUUGAAGGUGACGUGGGUCGUCUCCGAGGGGUCCGGGACACCCUGACUCUGGGCAUCAGUGACCUGGAGAUGCAGAUAGAGGGUUUGAAAGAGGAGCUGGCCUACCUCAAGAGCAACCACGAGGAGGAGAUGCGUCUGGUGAGGGUCCAACAGAGCGGCAACGUUAACGUCGAGGUGGACAGCACAGACUCUGUGGAUCUGUCAAAGGUCCUGGAGGAGAUGAGGGAGCAGUAUGAGGCUGUGAUGGCGAAGAACAAAUUGGAGCUGGAGAAGUGGUUCAAGGCCAAGGUGGAUAAUCUUCAGUCACAGAUCAGCUCAAAGACAACAGAGGUGAAGACAUCCAGCUCGGAGCUGUCAGAGCUGAAGAGGACCUACCAGAGUUUGGAGAUCAGUCGCUCCAGUGCCGUCGCGUCGCUUCAGUGCCUGCAGCAGAACCUGGAGGAGGUGAAGGCCCGAUACAGCUCUCAGCUCAGCCAGCUGCAGAUGACCAUCAACACGCUGGAGGCGGAGCUGCAGCAGCUGAAAAUCUCCAUCGAGCAGCAGCAGUCUGAGUACAUGAUGCUGCUGGACAUCAAGAUGAGGCUGGAACUGGAGAUCGCAGAGUACAGGAGGCUGCUUGAGGGAGAGUCUUAUGAGAAAAAGCCUGUGGUCGUCAGCAAGGUGGUAGUGGAAGAGCACAAACCCCACAUCGAGAGGAGGGUGAAGACCAUCGUGGAGGAGAUCGUUGAUGGAAGGGUGGUGUCCUCCAGCGUCGACACCCAAGUGGAGGACCUUCAAAGCACAUCUGUGCAUCUCACCCCAUCUCAUAUUCUCCGAGGCAGACGCACCUCCAGAGCAGCCUUCACAAUGGCAGGACGCAACACCAGUUAUUCUUUUCGCUCCAGCAGUGGCGGCACUGGAGGAGGCAUUGGCCUGGGUGGAGGUGCAGGCUCGGUGCGAAGGGGAUAUGCUAGAAGUGUGUAUGCUGGUUCAGGUGGCAGUGGAACAAAAAUCUCCACCGGUUAUGGAAUAGGCAGUGGUUACGGUAUGGGCAGCGGUUACGGUGCUGGAGGUGCUGGAGGUGCUGGAGGUGCUGGAGGUGGCGGUGGUGUUUACAGCAGUUAUAGUUAUCAGGUAGGAGGAGGUUACGGUGGAGGCGAUGCUUCCGUCGAUAUUUCUGCCAACGAGAAGGCCACCAUGCAGAACCUGAACGACCGUCUGGCCAACUACCUGGAGAAGGUACGCAACCUUGAGAAGGCCAACGCUGAACUGGAGCUCAAGAUCCGCCAGUUCUUGGAGAGCAAAACCGCCCCCUCUGCCCGAGACUACUCUGCUUACGAAGCCACCAUCGCUGACCUGCAGAGAAAGAUCCAGGACGCCACCCGUGUCAAUGGAGGCAUCUAUUUGGCCAUUGACAAUGCCAAACUGGCUGCAGAUGACUUCAGAACCAAGUAUGAGAACGAGCUUGCCAUGCGUCAGUCAGUGGAGGCAGAUAUCGCUGGUCUUAAGAGACUAUUGGAUGAGCUGACACUGGCCAGAUCAGACCUGGAGAUGCAGAUCGAGGGCCUCAAGGAGGAGCUGAUCUUCCUCAAGAAGAACCACGAGGAGGAACUGGCAGCCAUGAGAAGCCAGAUGAGUGGACAGAUCAACGUGGAGGUGGACGCGUCACCACAGCAAGACCUGUCCGCCGUCAUGGCUGAGAUCCGCGAGCAGUACGAGAAUGUGGCCGCCAAGAACAACAAAGAACUUGAAACCUGGUUCCAAACAAAGACAGAGGCUCUGAACAAGGAGGUGGCGGCCAGCACAGAGAUCCUCCAAACGUCCAAAUCAGAAAUCACUGAGAUCCGUCGCACGCUGCAGGGCCUGGAGAUCGAGCUACAGUCACAACUUAGCAUGAAAGCGUCGCUGGAAGGCACUUUAGCCGACACAGAGGCACGGUAUGCAAUGCAGCUCCAAGGUCUCCAGUUUCAGGUGACGAGCCUGGAGGAACAGCUGACCUGUCUGCGCAGUGACAUCGAAAAUCAGAGCCAAGAGUACAAGAUGCUGCUUGACAUCAAGACACGGCUGGAGAUGGAGAUCGCCGAGUACAGGAGGCUGCUGGAUGGAGAGGGCAGUAUCGCCAGUGGAAUUGGUUCCUCCUCAUCAUCUUCCAAAGUGGUUGUGAUCACAGAGGAACUGAGGGAUGGAAAGGUGGUGUCCUCCUCAUCGACCAUCGCCUGAGAGUCCAUUCCACGCAGCAACACAAGGGACAAUUCCUGAGGAUCACAUACAACACAUCUAAUCCCAGUGCUUCCUUCACAUACAUAUGUGAAUUUAAUAAAAGCCUCUCUGUUUGCUCACUACCA